AUGAGCGCGAUCCUGUCGGCCGACGACCUGAAUGAUUUCAUUUCGCCCGGAGUUGCCUGUAUUAAGCCUGUUGAAUCCCUUCCAAAGAGCACCAAAGAACCCCAGAAUCCUUACGAAGUGACAACAGAAGACAAGGUCGAACCAGAAAACCUUCCCCCUGCGCAAAUCUCUUUGACAGACUGUCUAGCCUGUUCUGGCUGUGUGACCUCGGCAGAGGCAGUUUUGAUCUCGCUACAAUCGCACACCGAAGUUCUCAACACCCUUGACGCCAACGCGGAGAUCCCUUUAACCCAAUCGCCUCUUGGGACAACAGUUGGCUCUGGCGGUUUCAAAGAUGGGAAGAUAUUCGUUGCCAGUGUGAGCCCGCAGGUGAGGGCCAGCUUAGCUGCAACAUAUGGCAUUUCGGAAAAGGAAGCGGGGUACAUGAUCGACCAGUUCCUGCGAGGCCCGCAAGGAUUGCGAAGUGGCGGGAAGCAAGGCAGUGCCUUCACAUGGGUCGUGGACACAAAUGCCAUGCGGGAGGCUGUCUUGGUUCUUACAUCUGAUGAAGUAUCCGAGUCACUUGUGGACGCUACGAAUGAAGGUCAACAUGCCCCUCCUAAGCGGCCAAUUCUGUCAUCGGCCUGCCCCGGCUGGAUUUGCUACGCUGAAAAGACACACCCUUUCGUUCUUCCACAUCUGUCUCGUCUCAAAUCUCCCCAGGCAAUGUCUGGAACCUUUCUCAAAACAGUUCUGAGCAAGUCACUUGGAGUGCCACCGUCUCAGAUCUGGCAUUUGGCAGUCAUGCCCUGUUUCGACAAGAAGCUAGAGGCCAGCCGUGAGGAACUUACAGAUUUAUCCUGGCAAACGGGCCUUGAGAACACCAUUACAGAACCAUAUGAACCUGUCCGUGAUGUGGAUUGUGUUAUCACUUCUCGUGAGCUUCUUUCCUUGGCCUCUGCACGGGGAAUCUCGCUUCCAAAGUUACCUCUUCAGCCGCUUCCCUCGAACUACAAUCCCCCAUUCCCAGAAAAGACCUUGGGAUCAUUCAUUUCGUUUCAAAAUUCUCCUGCAGAACAGUCUCUUGCAACAGGCUCCUCCGGGGGCUAUUUGCACCACGUUCUUACCACUUUCCAAGCACGCAAUCCUGGAUCUGAUCUCGUCACAAAUCGCGGACGCAAUUCAGAUGUUGUCGAGUAUGUUCUCAUGUCCAGAGAGGGACAACCUAUUAUGAAAGCGGCUCGAUAUUACGGUUUCCGCAACAUCCAGAACCUUGUCCGAAAAUUAAAGCCAGCGCGGGCGUCCCGAAUGCCAGGCGCGAAACCUAUGGCUAGGCCCGUAGCCGGUCGCCGCCAGCCUGUGUCCCGAAAUGUCGCCGCAGGAGCAAACUCGGGUUCCGACUAUGCAUAUGUGGAAGUCAUGGCCUGUCCUGGUGGCUGUACAAAUGGCGGUGGGCAAAUCCGGGUGGAGGACGCCCGCGAGGCUAUUGGCUCUUCACAGUCAAUGGAUGCAGUCGCAUCUGAAUCGUCUAAGCCGUCGCCCCAUGAACAACGGGCCUGGCUUGCUCGCGUUGACGAGGCCUACUUUUCAAUGGAAUCAGACUCGGAGAUGGAAUUAGAUGAUAAAAAUCAUUCGCUCUCCAUCGUGGAUAAAGAGGCUCGUAUCCACGAAAGCUUGCAGCGCUGGUCCCAAUUUAUGGGUAUCCCACUCUCCAAGCUUGUUUAUACAACUUACCGCAAGGUAGAAAGUGAUGUUGGUAAAGAGCAAACCCCUGCGGAUGAGACCACUCGAGUGGUUGAACUUGCUGGAAAGAUUGGCGGUGGGUGGUAA